ACAAUACAAUAAACUAUAAAAUUCCUAUGCACCUCGCCUACUAUACUUAUCAUUAGUAGUCAGAUUUUAUACUCCUAAAGAGAUAUACGUAUACGCGCCAAAAAUCAUAUUUUAGUUAAAUAAUUUAAUAUAUAAAAUUCUGUGUAACUUAUAAAUAAAACUAAGAUAAUCUUUGUGUAAUUAGUAAAAGUGGAUUGUACCCUGAAAUAUUUCAAUUACUUCGAUUAAACUCAAUAGAAAUGUGGUUACUAAAAUGUCGACAUCUAUUCGCACUAUAUUUCCUGAUUUCGGUGUUCCUCACUGUCAGAGGAUUGAAAGAAAAUAAAACAUCAACAGUUGGCAAAACAACAGAUUAUGAAUAUCAUGCCACAAAUAUUUUAGAUGAUGCGACGAAACGAAUGCAGAAAAUAUGGACUGUAAGACACGAUAUCUUUGUGAACUUGGCAAAGGGGCGUGGUUACAAUCUGAUCAAUCAAGCGCCCAUUAAACAUGAAAUAGAUAAUGCUUACCGUAAUUUAGUAUAUGAACUUGCAGCAAAUCUAAGUGUUAUUCCCGUUACCCAACUCAAGAAUCAUACCCUCCAACGCCAAGUGCAACGUUUAUCAAAACUGCAACUCUUUGGUUUGCGCAAGACCGAUUAUGAAGAAGCUAAAGACAUGCUGCGCAUUAUGAAUGGUUUUCUAACCGCGCAUAUGGUAUGCCAUGUACAACAUGUCAAAGACUGCUCAAAGCCCGUUGCUAUGGUGCCGACAAUUUUGCACCACCUCGCACGCACAAAACGAUUAGUUGAAUUGGACUAUUAUUGGAGGAUGUGGCGAAAAGCGGUCAAUGAGCAAGACUUGGCUAAAUCUACAUUCAUUAAUUAUGUUCGUCUAUUUCGCAUUGCGGCUAGUUAUAAUGGUCAUGUGACGCCAUCCCGCACAUGGUAUCUCUACUACGACACAGAAAAUUUUCAACGUGAGUUGGAAGAUGUGGUUUGGGAAAUUAUGCCAUUGUAUCAAGAAAUGCAUGCUUAUUUAAGACAUGCAAUACGCACCGCCUAUGGUCAGAGCGUAACCCCGGAUGAUGGCUGCUUGCCUUCUUCUGUCUUGGAUGUACUCGUGUCGUACACUGGAAUGGAAGAAAGUGCUCCGGCUUUAAAGGUGUUUCAUUCGGUACCCGCGGGUAGAAAACGCGGUAGAGGACGUCCGCAUCGUCAGUGGAAGGACUAG